GUCAGUGAGGAAGGAAAUCGCAUGAAUCAGUAGCAACGACUGACAGUCUAUAGUGCGUGUGGCCUGAGGCUCUGCGGUUCUCCCUUCCCUUCCCAGACAGGUGUGAUAAGAAGAUGUCAGGAAUAGGCUCUUCCCUGGGUCUCUCACUGGUUGUGCUGCUGCUUCUCGGCUGCUCCACUUCCCUGACCCGGGGUCGCAGGCUGAGCCGGGAGCCCGGGGACAUCUCGUUCGAGUAUCACCGUUACCCGGAGCUGCGCGACGCGCUGGUGUCUGUGUGGCUGCAGUGUCCUUCCAUCAGUCGCAUCUACACCGUGGGACGGAGCUUUGAGGGCCGGGAGCUGCUCGUCAUAGAGAUCUCCGACAACCCCGGGGAGCACGAGCCCGGUGAACCAGAAUUUAAAUAUGUUGGCAAUAUGCAUGGAAACGAAGCUGUUGGAAGAGAGCUGCUUAUAUAUUUAGCCCAGUAUUUGUGCAAUGAGUACCAGAGGGAAAAUGAAACCAUUGUCAAUCUGAUCCAUAACACUCGUAUCCACAUUAUGCCUUCUCUGAAUCCCGAUGGCUUUGAGAAAGCCGCCCAGCAGCCUGGAGAGAUAAAAGACUGGUUUGUAGGACGUAGUAACGCUCAGAGCAUAGACCUGAACAGAAACUUCCCUGAUCUUGAUCGCAUUGUGUACUUAAAUGAGCGAGAAGGAGGCACAAACAAUCAUCUGAUGCAAAACCUGAAGAAGUCUGUUGAUGAAAACACAAAGCUUGCUCCAGAAACAGUAGCUGUAAUUCACUGGAUUAUGGAUAUCCCCUUUGUCCUCUCUGCAAACCUUCAUGGAGGAGAUAUAGUUGCAAACUAUCCAUAUGACAAGACACGCAGCGGAAGUGCACAUGAAUACAGUGCAUGCCCAGAUGACAGUAUUUUCAAAAGCUUAGCUCGUGCCUACUCAUCCCUUAACCCUACCAUGUCAGACCCAGAUAGGAAGCCUUGCCGCAAAUCUGACGAUGACACCAGUUUCAUUGACGGGACAACAAAUGGUGCAGCUUGGUAUAGUGUGCCUGGAGGUAUGCAAGAUUUUAAUUACUUAAGCAGCAAUUGUUUUGAGAUAACCGUUGAGCUUGGUUGUGACAAGUUUCCUCGAGAAGAAAACCUGAAGUCCUACUGGGAGGAAAAUAAAGACUCUCUAGUGAACUAUUUGACGCAGGUGCACCGUGGUAUAACAGGAUUUGUCAAAGAUCACCAUGGUUUUCCAAUUGCCAAUGCUACUAUAUCUGUUGAUGGAAUUGACCAUGAUGUGACUUCAGCAAAGGACGGUGACUACUGGAGACUGCUGACACCUGGAAAUUAUAAAAUUACAGUUUCAGCACCUGGGUAUCUGGCUGUUGUGAAGAAAGUAGCUGUUCCUUAUAGCCCAGCUGUUAAGGUUGACUUUGACCUUGAGUCCUUGACAGAAAGAAAGGAGGAAGAGAAGGAAGAGAUGAUGGAAUGGUGGAAGAUGAUGUCACAGACCUUGAAUUUUUAAAAAAUAAAAAUGACAAAGUUAGUAUAUAGUAAAGCAGGCUUGAAAUAUUUCUAGAAAUGUGUGUGCUAAAAUACACAUAUCCAAAGUGUGUUAUACAUACACAUUCCUAGAAAUGUUGGACUAUGUGUAAUUUUAAUUAUUUAAUAUGUUUCCCUUUCCUGUAAAAAAAGUAGAUGGAAAACUGCACUCCCUAGAAUUGCUAGGCUUUAAACUAAUAAUGUAGAGGUUAUUGGAAAAAAAGCAACAAAUUGUUAUACAUAUUGCAUUUUAUACCUAGAAAUGGGAGGCCAGAAAAGGAGCAGUUCUGUAGAAAAGCAGUAUUCUGUGAGUCGUGUGUAGAGUUCUUUUUGAGUUUAUACAACAGUAUAGCACAGCUGUUGCCAAAAACACUUGGCAGUAUAUAUAUAUAUAUAUAUAUAUAUAUAUAUAUAUAUAGAAAUGAUCUCAGUUCCAUUUAGUGUGGGUGCUGUAAGGAAAUGUAUAUUGGCAUGGAAAUUUAUUUUUAGUUUCAUCUGUAACUGAAUGUAAAUUAAAUCCCAACGUCGCCUCCAAAUAGGAAAUAUUUCCAGACAAUAUUACAUUUCUGGUUUAUACAAUGAGAGUGCCUGUCUCAUUCUCUUGACUGCAUAGACAAACUAUCAUACCUUAAUGAAUAGUACUAAUUCAUCUGAAUAUUCUAGUUAGGAGUCUGUGUUUACCUUAUAUUUAAGUCAUACUUUCACCUUAUAAAUUAACUGUUCGCACUGGAAAUAUGGGGUGCCUCACUUUGUACGACACUUGGGUUCAAAAGACACUGAAAAGCACAGUAAAAAGCAAGAGGAUCUGUUUAGCUUUGUUCUAGAUACACAUGAACUAGUAAAAUAUAGGCAAGAUUCUAGAUAUCCUCCAGUAAAUAGAUCUUCAAUGGACAAUGUAAUGAGUGCAGUGGAGUAACUACAUAUUACUUGGCCCCACAGCAAAUUAUUUUUCAGGCCCCCAAAAUGUUUAGAGGUUGACUUGUUUUACCAAUAUUUAUUGAAACUGUAUAUAAAUUUGGGCCUCAUGGGGCCCCUAUACCUCCUGGCCCCCCCUGCAGCUGCAGGGUCUGCUUCCUCUAUAGUUACGCCCCUGAAUGAGUGUAGCAAUAUUCGCUGAUUAUUUCCCCAAACUCCCCACUGGAGAGAUCUAUGAAGAUGUGGGUGUUAAACAAAAGAGGGAGAAUAAUGCUGAAAUGUAAACAGGGAUUUGUAAUUAGAGAAAGUAUUGAUAGCCACAUCUUGGUUGGUAGCAGUUUGCCAUCUGGUUAAUAGCAUAGAAUACAAUUUUGAAAGAAUAGCAAAAAAUUUUAACCAAGGUUACAAGAAAAAGAAUAUAUGCUGAAGUAAAGAUAAGCAUUCAUGCAAGGGACCGUGGGAGGCCAAACCAAUGUCUUUACAUCCAAUAUGGCCCCCAUACACAGACCAAUAAAAGCUGCCAUCAGACCGAGUCGGCAGCUUAUUGGUCUGUGUGUGAGGCCAUCCGAUGGGUGCCCCCGAUCGAUAUCUGUUCAAAAGUCGGCCAGAUGACGAUCGGGCAGGGUAAAAAAUCCCGUCGGAUCACGGCCGCAUCUGUGCGUUGAUGCUGUCCCGCAAUUCGACCGCCCGUAUCUCCUCCAUUCUGAUGUGAUUCGAUCGGAUCAGCCUGAUAUCGCCCACCUCAAUGUGGGCAUAUCUGGGAGAAAUCCGCUUGUUUGGUGACAUUGUCAAACGAGCGAAUCUCUCUGUGUAUAGCCACCUUUAGCUUGAAUCCUGGAGAAAUAGCUCACUGAUCUUCAUUUCUGUUGAAUAUUCUUUUAAAAAAAUAUUUACCCUUUUUCCCCUGAUAAUAUUCUUGGAAACAAGCAAUCACAUUAAAGAGCUUUGUAGAAAUUCUUUGCAAACAAAAGAGGAAUGUGCAGAGCUAAACCUGCCAUAUGUAAUGCCCUAAAAUUCAUAGUAAAAAGCACAAUAAAAUUCCAUCAGCACAGAA